AUGGGCAUCGUGCACUCGUGCGCUCGCGCUCUCUCCCAUUUUUCGUUUCCAGGCUCCUCGCUGCUAGCGCUAACCGCACGCGCCGUUCCCCCAUUUUUUACGCUCCCCCUUCCCCUCCUCCCGCCUGCCAUCGCUUGCGCUAGCAGAGUGUUCGAGGCGGGGCAGGGCUCGUGCGGCUUCCCCGACAUGCGCGCAGACGCGGACGAGUGCGUGGCGGACCUGGCGGAGUUUCCCGUGCUGAACGCGCGCAGCCGUUCCGCCAGCGCGCGGAAGCUGGCGUGCCUGGCGCACAACUACCUGCGCCCGUGGACGGGCAUUCCGGGCGUCACCGCGGGGAUGGGAGCGCGGGGAAUGAUCAAUCCCGCGAUGCUGCAGCAGAUGGGCACCAUGGCGAACGUGCGUUACAAAUACAGCACAUUCCCUCCCGCACUCCUGCCCCACACGUACCCACACCCCGUUCCCUUUCCCCCGCUUUCCCCCCCCCCCCCCCCCCCCCCCCGACCCGCCCUCCCCUUUCGGCCCACCACGACAUCCCCCUGGUAUUUCGCGAUUACCUUACCUCUCCACAUUUCACAUCUUGCCUUCGAUUCUCUCGCUCCUGCCCCCCACCACCCUCCUCCCUCUCCUCCCCACACCUCCACUCUACCUUCCCGUCUCUACAUCCUCGUGUCUGCAUCACGUCCCCUUUUCCGCUGCUCAUCCCGUCUAUUUCCAAUGCUUGCCCCGUUGCUUCGCGGUUGCGCGAAUGGCUGCGCGCAGGUGCUGUCGUGCGCGGGCCACGUGCGCAUCGUUCGCGGGAAGAUAUUCUUCCGAUUCGGCAACUUCGAGUUCGACUGGUACCGCCUCAGGCGCUUCGUUUUCUCCGUGAAAAUGAUCCAGGAUGCGAUACGCGAAUACAAGCUACACAACCUGAACGCGGAAUUCUUCCUCAAUACAUGCGAUAUGUACAUUAGCAAGGCCAGCAGCGUCGCCAAGCCGCUAGCAGGGCUGCCCAUUUUCAGCGUACACGGCGCGCCGGGCAGCAUCGACAUUCUUUAUCCUGACCCCAUCGACCUCAGCAGCAACUAUUUCCGGGAAGCAGAAGAUGAGAUUCCAUGGGAGCAGAAGGAGAGCCGAGCUGUGUUCCGAGGUGGCAUGACCAAUUACAAGGUCAUCUACCCCAAGCACUGGCGGGGCAGCCCUCGAUUCCGAGUGCACAGGAUGUCGGACGUUCGGCCGGACCUGCUGGACGCCAGGGUAGUGGGGGGAGUGGACCCUGAGUACCGUGCAGGACUCCGGCAAGAUGCCAUCUCAUUCGGUAAACGCCUAGGCCCGGCAGACCUGCAGAGCUACAAGUAUGAGCUUGACGUGGACGGCGGCACGGGCAGUGGGCGGGUGUGCGGCGUGCUGUCAAGCAGCCAGCUGCUGAUCAAGCAGGCCAGCGAGUACACUCAAUUCUUCGACCCGCUCAUGUGCCCGUACCGGCACUUCCUGCCCACUCACCGGUUCUUCUCGGACCUUUUCGGGCAGAUUGAGUGGGCGAAAAGGAAUGAUGGCGAGGCGAGGCGGAUUGUUGGACAAGCGAACGAGCUCGCAAGAGGACAACCGCAACAUCACGCAGCCACCACUGUUCACGUGCACUUCGCCGCCCACCCAAGGAGAUGUGGACGGCCCCAAGAGCCAGACGAGGAGGCCGCCGCCCAGAUGGCCGCCCAGAUGUGA